CAUCUCUCGUACUCUCGUGCGCCAACACCACUCGAAUUCUACGGGAGAUCUCCAAGCUUUUUUUCAAAGUGUUCAUUAUUUCAAAACAAAGUAAAAGUUAUUCGUUUAUUUUGGACAAUCGUAUAGAACAAUCUGAAUAUCCAGCACAAUGACUCCACAAAGAUCCAUCGCUGCUCUAGUCAUCGUCCUUCUCUCCGUCGGCUGCGUCCUGUCUCAACAUCCACGCGUUCCAAUCACACCUUGCAAUGGUAAUCCCAUGACUGGCAAAGUGUUGGAAGUGCGUGUUUCCAACUGCAACAACAACUUCCCUUGCAUCUUGAAACGAGGAUCUCAAGCCACCAUCGAAUUUGAUUAUAUUCCUGCUCAAGACACGAACCGGGUAACUACGGGAGCUACAGCUCGUCUUGGAGCCGUUCCUCUUCCGUUUGUUGGUACAAACAAUCAGCCAGCGUGUUCGAGGAUUACGUCAAAACAGUCCCGUCAGAGUACCGGAUGCAACUUAAGGGCCGGAGAAGUCUAUACCUACUCGAACACAUUCCCCAUUCUGCAAAUUUACCCUGUGACCAACGUGCUGGUUCAGUGGGAGUUGAACGAUGGCAACCGACAGAAAAUCACGUGCUUUACAAUUCCUGCCAGGAUCGUCUAAGUCCGAAGACGUCAGAACGACAAAAUGCUUUUGACAAUCUCAAUUUCUAUUUUUUUUUUGUGUCACUCUUAAAAUUUCAAUUAUUCUUCGACAGUGAGUUUUCUCAAGUAGAUUACCUCUGCAAGCCAAGAGCUCUUUUAUAUUUUGAUAAACGUUUUUUUAAACUAUGUACAGAGUAGCCUACUACAAUACAAUCUCUAUAUUUUACGGAAAUAUAAAA